CCCCUCCCCUCCCCUCCCCUCCCCGCACCGCGCGCCGCCCAAAAACCUCCGCCGCGUCUCGCGCCGCCAUGGCCUCCUUCUUCGCCGACGACGGCGCCGACGAGCUCCCGCGCACCGCCUCCCACCCCUUCGACGCCGCCGACGACGACGGCGCCGCCGCCGACGUAGCUGCCAACGGCGCCGACGCUGGGUACGGCGGCGGGUACGCCUCCUUCGUCGACGGCGGGGUCGAGGAUGUGGAGGAGGAGGAGGAGAUCGCCGUGGAGUCCGAGGGGGUCCCGAUCGGCCACGUCUCCGGGGGGUUCUCGCCCUCGCCGUUCUCCCCCGAGCUGGGGCCCGACGGCGGCGACGGCCCUAUCCUCCCACCGCCGGCCCAGAUGGGGGCGGACGAGGGGAUCCUCCUCCGCGAGUGGCGCAGGCAAAAUGCUAUAGUUCUUGAGGAAAAAGAACGGAAGGAGAAGGAGCUACGGGCCCAAAUACUCAUUGAAGCUGAAGAGUUUAAGAAAGCUUUCUAUGAGAAGAGGAUACAGAACUGUGAGACAAACAAGGUCCAUAACAGAGAAAGAGAGAAGAUUUUCGUAGCCAGCCAGGAGAAAUUCCAUGCCGAAGCAGACAAGCAGUACUGGAAAUCAAUAUCGGAUCUCAUCCCACAUGAAAUAGCUACUAUUGAAAAGCGAGGAAAGAAAGACAAGGACAAGAAGCCAUCCAUCACAGUCAUUCAGGGCCCUAAGCCUGGCAAGCCCACAGACCUCUCGCGGAUGCGCCAGAUCUUAGUGAAGCUGAAGCACGCUCCACCACCACACAUGAUGCAACCUCCACCGGCGCCUGCUGCUAAAGAAGGCGCAAAGGAUGGUGCCAAAGAUGGAGCACCAGCACCAGCAAAUGGAACCAAGCAGCCUGCAGAGAGCAAAGAGAAACCCGCCAACGGAGCACCCGCAGAGGCAGAGAAGGAGCAGCCUGCAGCAUCGGAGUAAGUUGAAAGUAGCGUUACAAGAACACCCGAACUUUGACUGCGGAUAUGGAAAUGCCUAUUUAUUUCUAAUGUCUGGACCCGCCUAUCCUUUAGUUUUCUUUUUAGAGAGAUUUGCGUCUCAGGAUGGGCUAUGUAUCAGCUCUCAGAACAUUCAGCUUAGUGUCACAGCAAUUGUACUCUUUACUUGUUUUCACCUGGUACAAGUAGCUCCAGUGGAUACUCUGUGAUCAUAAGUUCAGAACUGAAACCGUAACUGAAUGAUGGAU